CCUUAACACUAUUCCAGUGUUUCUCCCACACCGUGUACUCAACUUCCCCGUGACCCUACGUCGUUUUUUCUUUUUGUUUUCCACACACACCGCGUGGCGCGUACUUUCGGAUCCACUCCUAGCCCAACAACGUAGCGGUGCCUAAUCCUUAGGAAUAACGAAUAACCUUAACAACCUCAACAUGUUGCAUUGUCUGAACGGUUCGGGGAAUCUAGGAGCCAGUUGUUCGGACAUGACAGUGUUGGAAAGACAAAGGGAAGCAACCACGAAGUGGCAACACCACCAUCACGACAAUCACCCACCUUACUAUUCCGCAACGGAGUUUCACGUUAACCUCGUUUUCUCUUCUUCUUCCAACAAUCUUCCUCAGAGCCAGGGCUUGGUCAUGGCGCGUGAACGUGAUGAUUCCGCGCUCUCUCAGGUGUUGGCUCAUUCUCUCAAACCCGACCCGGGUCUCUGCCCCGAAUUGGACACCGGAUUCGGAUCCUCUUUCGGUUUUUUACACAAGGAAAACGAUAAGAAGAGGAAGGCGCUGAACUACAAGGUUGCUGCGGAGAGUGAUAACAAGGACAAGAGAGUCAAAGUAAGUGGUGAGGAAGGAGAAUCCCGAGUGACAAACCAAACCAGCAACAGAAACGGCAAAUCCAACGCAAAUAAGAACAACAGAGAAACAUCUGCGGAUUCUUCGAAGAAUAAUUCGAAAGGCUCCGAGGUUCAGAACCAGAAGCGGGAGUACAUUCAUGUCCGAGCGCGUCGUGGUCAAGCCACUGAUAGUCAUAGCUUAGCUGAAAGAGUCAGAAGGGAGAAAAUUAGUGAGAGAAUGAAGUAUUUGCAAGAUUUGGUUCCGGGUUGCAACAAAAUUGCAGGGAAAGCUGGAAUGCUUGAUGAAAUCAUUAAUUAUGUUCAGUCUCUUCAACGACAAGUCGAGUUCCUAUCAAUGAAAUUAGCGGCUGUAAAUCCAAGCAUUGACGAACUGUUUGCCAGAGAGGCGUUUCCUUCAUGUGGUCAAGGUUUACCCAACAUUGGGAUGGUAUCAGAUAUGAGUAUGUGUAACAAUCCCUCGUAUGUUCAGUUGAAUUCGACACAGCAACUUGUAUCAUGUUGUGGUGGAUUAAUAAAUAACGUGGGGAUGAGCCCUUCUAAUAUGGGACUUCGAAGGAACAUUAGUACUACACAUGUACCUUUGCCCGAAGCGUUUAUUGACUCGUCCUGUUUCACUCAAAUUCUACCCUCUUCCAAUUGGGAUGGUGAUUUUCAAAGCCUUUACAACGUUGCUUGUGAUCAAGGGAGAGCGGGAGCAGCAUCUUUUCCUUCUCAGCCAUUUACAGGUGUAGUUGAAACUAGCAAUCCGAAGAUGGAGAUGUAAACGAGAUUAUCCAUUUGAUUUUGUUGGAUUGGCUCAGGCCGAAGAACUUUAUGGAGAUUUUUUCUAAGUACAUAACAUAUAUUUGUUGUAUACUACUCCGUAGAAUAAAUAACAUCAUAUUAGUGGCUGUUAACUUCAGUCACUUGCA